AUGGGUGUGGGAAAGGGGAUCAAACGCCAACAAAACGGUGUUCAGUUCACAUUAGAUUUGAAAGUGAAAGAGCAAAUGGAACGAGACCAACUUUUUCUUUGGAAAUCACCCUUACUUACACUGUAUUAUUUCUUCUUGGAGUGUAUAUUCAGAUUCGCCCAGCUGCGUUUUACUGUUUUGCAAAACAAGACCAGAUGUGUUUUUGCUGUCAGCAUAAUUUUAUUACUGGUUUUUUUGGACUACUUCGAAGGUCCUCAUUCUCAUACUUUUGGCCGCAUGAAAUCUACUUUCUUAUGGUGGUUGUGGUGGGUUUGGCUUGGAUUUCUAUCAUCAUGUGGAUUUGGAACUGGUCUACACACUUUUGUUUUGUAUCUAGGUCCGUUUAUAGCUGAAGUCACAAUGAGUGCAUAUGAGUGUAAAACACUUGAUUUUCCUCGUCCGCCUUAUCCGGAUAGGAUUGUAUGUCCGGAUAAUCCAAAUCCAUUUGAAAAAAUCACAUUUUGGAGAAUUAUGCGGAAAGUGCAAAUUGAGUCAAUCAUGUGGGGCUUAGGGACUGCGCUUGGCGAAUUGCCUCCUUAUUUCAUGGCUCGAGGUGCCAAGCUUUCCGGGGAAUACAGUGAUGAAUUAUUGGAUUUACAGGAAUCCAUCUCGUCGAAUCAAAAUCUUUCAGACCAAACAGUUACUUUUCAAAAGAAAGCUGAACGUUUUUUGCAUCAUCUAAUCAUGAAAGCUGGAUUUAUUGGAAUUUUACUUUGUGCUUCUAUUCCCAACCCACUGUUCGAUUUGGCUGGAGUAACAUGUGGACACUUUUUGGUGCCAUUUUGGUCUUUCUUUGGAGCAACUUUUAUUGGAAAAGCCUUGAUCAAGGUUCAUUUACAACAGCUAACUGUGAUUGCUUUAAGUUCUGAGCACCAUGUAGAAACAUUAGUUGAGUUAAUCGGUCGUGUUCCAGUGUAUGGUAAACAAUUACAAUCUCCAUUUCUUGAAUAUUUACACCAACAAAAAGCUAGUCUACACAAUAAAGAAUUUAAUGGAAAACAAAGUUGGCUUCAGUUUGUGUUAUUUGUCCUCAUAACUGGACUCAUUAUUUCAUUUCUCGUAUCCAUUAUUCAUGCGCUUUCGAGGAGUUAUCAUCGUAGAUUAUGCGAAUGGCGGCGGCUUGCAGAAGGAGAAGUACAUAGUAAAGAUGAAUAAUUGUCAAUAUUAAAAUUGUGUUAGUUUCGACUUCUAAAGUUAUUUCAUUCCAUAUUAUUUAUCAGUACAUAGUUUUACGUUGCCUUUUAAAAUGUGAUCCUUUUACUCACCCAAUGUUGUUUCCAAACGUGUUAUACAACAGUGAAAAUGUUUCGAAUUUAUUGACACGAUAUUUUAUUUCGAACCGUUGGCAAACUUCAUCUUCAAAAUUUUUACAACCAUACAAUUGUCAUUUCUUUGACAUUUUUUAAAUCCAAAUUGUGUUCAUUCUAGUUUAUUUCGAAACCAAGUGUUUCUGUACUAAAAUUUCUUAGGUAUUAUAUUCUGUG